AGUAUGUGGUGCUGUAGAGUACCAGAAACAACUUCCAGUCCUUGGGAAGAGCAAUGCUGCAGGAAUUCAAAGUAGAAAUCCAGUGACAAACAAAAAGAUGCCUUUCUGAGACUUUGCAUAAUGUACUUUGGCAGCAAGACAGAGAAACUGCUUGAAUCAAACCAACGCUCAUGUUGAUGACAAGCCCCAGGAUGACAACAGCACAAGAAAAACAAUAUCCCCCAUCACUGCUGAGCUUUUUCAUUUACAAUCCAAAGUUUGGACCAAGAGAAGGUGAGGAAGAAAAGAAGAUUCUGUUUUAUCAUCCUAGUGAGGUUGAUAAGAAUGAGAAGAUUAGGAAUGUUGGAUUAUGUGAGGCGAUUGUGCAGUUUACAAGGACCUUCUGUCCCACCAAGCCUGCAAAGUCUUUGCACACACAGAAGAACAGGCAGUUCUUUCACGAAGCAGAGGAGAAUUUCUGGAUGGUUAUGGUGGUGUCAAAUCCCAUGAUUGAAAAGCUGAACAAGGAUGGAACCCGUGUUCCGGAAUACCAGGAAGAUGAGUUACUGGAUACAGUGUAUGGGGCAGUGAUCCAGCAGUGCUAUUGUAUGUACAAGCUCUUCAAUGGCACCUUUGCAAAAUCCUUGGAGGCUGGAGGCGUUGAACUUCUGCAACAGAGAGUCCAGAAAUUUUUCUACAGGUACUUGCAAACGUUGCACUUACAGUCAUGUGACCUACUGGAUGUGUUUGGCGGAAUCAGCUUCUUCCCUCUGGAUAAAAUGACUUACCUGAAGAUUCAGUCAUUUGUCAACAGGAUGGAGGAAAGCCUAGAUCUCGUUAAGUACACAGCAUUCCUGUACAAUGAACAACUCAUCUGGAGUGGGUUGGAGCAGGAUGAUAUGAGAAUCCUGUACAAGUACCUCACAACGUCACUGUUCCCAAGGCAUCUGGAGCCAGAGCUAAUUGGUCGUGAUUCCCCUGGACGAGGGGGAAUAACUGUGAACCUCAACCAUUAUGGCAGGUUUCUCACUGGCCCUUAUGAUUUCAACAAUCCCGAUCUUGUAGUGCGGUUUCCCAGGAUCUUUGUAAAUACUGACACCACCUAUGAAGAAUUACAUUUGAUUGUCUACAAGGCUAUGAGUGCAGUGGUUUGUUUUCUGAUUAAUGCCUCAGUGGAGCUGACUCGAGAAUUUUGCCAGAGACUAGAUAACCUUGUAGGACCUCAGCUCACUCUCUUGGCGUCGGACAUCUGUGAACAAUUUAAUACAAACAAGAGGCUGUCAGCACCUGAAAAGGAACCUCAAUUCAAGUUUAUUUACUUCAAUCACAUGAAUCUGGCUGAGAAAACAACCAUUCAUAUGCGGAAAACAGCCAGCAUGUCCCUAACCUCAGUCCACACUGACCUAAUGAAGAUCCUGGGGGACAUUAAUAGUGAUUUCUCAAGAGCUGAAGAGGAUGAAGAAAUCAUCGUCAAGGCAAUGACCGAUUACUGGGUGGUUGGCAAAAAGUCUGACCAGCGGGAACUUUACGUAAUCUUGAGCCAGAAGAAUGCAAAUCUGAUUGAAGUUAAUGAGGAAGUUAAGAAACUUUGUGCAACGCAGUUUAGCAACAUCUUCUUCUUAGAUUAACCAUCAAGCUUGCCACCCGUUAUGGCUUUGGGUGUGUCACAGACAUUCAGGUGAGCGUUGGCACACGCAGUAACUGUACAAUGCUGGACACAGCGAGUAUCUCGAGCUGUUCACUCUGCCAAUGGCUCAGUGCAGCGUCCUCAUUGAUGCUGCAUGUCCUUGGAAGGCAAGACCCCACCUCGAUUCACAGACAGCAGAUGCUGUUAUAGGAAAUUUCCAUGGAAUGUAAGAUAAUUAGAUUUUAAAUAUUUAUGGCAACUGAAUUAAAAGAAUGUCAACUUUAUCAUUCCGGUCUGUAAUAUAUAGCAAGCUUGUAAAAAAAAAAAUAAAUUAACAGUAACAUUUGAGUGAGAUUUUAACUUCUUUCCAAUUGUGUCUGUGUAUUUUUUGCUUUAUUUAUACAUUGACCCUCAUUUAGGAGGGUUGAUCAUUGGAUAUUUUGUAGAAAAUUAUAUUCUCUAACAUAAGACAAAUGAUCUUCCUGUAUAAAAGGGCCUUUUUUUAACUUAAAAAGUUGUGAGUUUAUGUCUGAAGUAAAACAUUUAUUUAUGAAGUGUUCUGGUGCAGCAUUGCUGAGUGUGAGCUCCUGUAGAAAUUAGUCUGCAGCUCUGUACUGUGUAAUUUGGCUUUUGAGCAAAGCUACAUCUAGUACUCUAAUAUUUGUGGACUUGAAUGCUUGAAACAAAAUAUAAUGAUAAUUUGGAGAAUUCAUUUAUUUUUUAAGAAAAUUUAGUCAAGCAAUUAAACUGUGUUUAUUGGACACUGAUCCCACAUUUAUAGUAACAUCUAUUAUCAAAUAGAAUUUUCAGAAAGUAGACAGAAAAAAUUGCAUUAUGCAAAAGGUAGUUAACAUAAAAGCCUCUUUGAUGAUAAACGAAAAUGGUCCAUUGUCACAUUUUUUGAAGGCAUUUUUUGUGUUCCCUGAUCUAAAUGGAGUCCAUGUAAAUCACCUGAUAGGGCUUUGCCUCUCCUUCUUCAGUGUUAGUUACAAAUUGACACCCCAGUCCUAAUUACAGCACUGAAACUUUGUAAUGCAAUCCUCAAAAUGUCAUCUUUUUCAAUGCCUAUCUUGUAUACUGCAUGCUGUAAAUUCUCAGUUUUUUGUUAGAAAGAGAAGUUAGUACAAAUUUUGUAUCUCAAACUUACAUUUUUCACAACAGAUAAGUACAGCCAUGUACCCGAUUAAAUUGUAUUUUAGUGUUUGAGAAUUUGUUUUCCCUACUUCAACAUAAAACUAAACGGGUUUGUCUGAGAAAAGGUGCUGAUUUAUCCAUGUAAUGAUACAUAUUUUUAAAAAGAAAUAAAAUCUAUCCACAUUAA